AUGUCGUCCGCACUCGAUGGUGAUGCGUUCCCGUCGCUCUCGACCCAGGCCAACACGAACGGUAUCGCUGCCGACCACGGCUCUUCGACCGGUGCGACUGCCACGUCGGCGUCGGCUUCCCGCGCGCAAUCCGCUCCCCUCUCGGCGGCCCAGCUCAUGCAGCAAGCCCACGCCUCGAGAGCCUCGUCCACCGCGCAAGCCAAGCCUCAAAACGACAUCUUGACCGAGGACCCGUUCCCGCCCGAGAAGCUCAUCAGCGAGGAUCCGUACCCGUCGCUGUGGGGUCCCUCCGCCGGCGCCGGUGCCGGUGCGGUAGCAGGUGCUGCCUCGGCCGAUGCGUCCGCAUCGUCGUCGGCAUCUCCCGCUCAGACUCAAGCUGCCAAGAAGGCCCUCGACGUCUCGGACGAGUCGGCCUUCCCUUCCCUCGGCGGGAUCGCCGCAGCACCGCGGGCCGUGUCGGCCGCGUCGUGGGGCGGCGGCGGAGGCGGAUCGGUGGCUCAACGUCUUCAAGCUGCUGCCGCCUCCAACUCGUCCGAAGCCUCGCGUUCAGCUACGACCCAACAAUCGAAUGGAGGUGACGACAACCGCUCCGCCGCCACCGGUGCUCCCAACGCGACCGCUACCGUCCAACUCGCCCAGUCCGAGAUCCACAUCCAGGCCCCCUCGGGUCCCGGUGCCGGUCGAGGUCGUGGUCAGACCUUCUCCAACGCUCGCGAAGUCGAACCGACGACCUUGGGCGAGGUGAUGAAGCUGCUCAUGAAGCGUAAUCCUACCGUCACCGUCGAAGCCUCGACCGUCCGCGGCACGACGACCUUCAUCAUCAAGGGCAAAGGUAGCAAGGCUGACGACGAUGUCGCCAAGGUCAAGCGAGACCUGCUCGCGAGGUUGGCCAAAAAGGUCUCGAUCGAGAUCAAGGUCCCUGCUAGCACGCGUGGUUUCAUUGUUGGAGCUAAAGGUAAGAAUCGGAGGUCCGACGAGUCACCGCUGGGCCGCGGGCUAAUGUCAAUCCGUGAAAUGAUGAUCCUCUAGGUCGCACUCUCAAGUCCAUCACCGACUCCACCGGAGCCAACGUACAAUUGCCGAAUCGUGAUACCAUCCAGGAUGCCAACGACGCCAACGAGGACCACACUAACGAUGAACCCGAAGGUCCCGACGGCCCGCUCAUUUCUAUCACUAUCUCGGGCGACUCGAGCGCAGUCGAGGAGGCACGUCAACAGGUCAUGGCCAUCGUGUCGGAACGCGUGUCCAAGGUCACGACCAAGCUCGACUCGGUGCCCAAGGAGUUCUGGGAGCUGCUUCGUGGCUCAAAGGGCUCCAAGAUCAACGCUAUCGUCGAGAGCGUCGGAGCGACGGGCUCGGUCAACGUGUCCAUCCCGCGCAAUUUUGAACGACGGGGUGUCGCUGCGUCGAGCGGCGCGGACGCUGACGACAAGGCUGAGCCGGCUAUGGAAAAGGCUAUCUCGAUCAACGGCGAGCGCGAGGCCGUGACCAAGGUCGUCGCUGCUAUCGAAGCCGAGGUGGCCGAGCUUAAGCGCUCGACGACGACGGUUUCGAUCAAGAUCAACAAGCGACAGCACCGUUUCCUCGUUGGUGCGACCGCGGAUGCCAUUCUCGAAGAGGCGCAAUGCUCGAUCGAUCUUCCCCCUGCCGAGUCGCCGGACGACAACAUCACGCUGCGCGGCACGAGCGAGAACCUCAUCCGUGCGUUCGGGCUAGUCAUGCAAAAGGCGAACGCGACGCCCAUCGAGUCGCUCGACUUGUUGACCGCCCACGCCGGUACCCACGAUCGAAAAGUCUACGCUUCGCACCUCGCUCGCUACGUCCUGCGCAGGAGCAAAUUCCGUACCUUGUCCGACGCGAAUCAUGUACAGAUCUUCCUACCUCGUGAGGCCGCCAUCGAACGUGGUGACGCUCAACUCGAAAUCGUCGGCCAAGACAAGGAGGGACUUGCCGCCGCUCGCCAAGCCGUCAUUGACAUAGUGCGCAAGCUGCCGCCUGCAGUCUUCGCGAUCGUCGAGGUCGAUAGCCUGAUCCACCGACACAUCAUCGGCAAGGGCGGUAAGUCGAUCAAGGCCUUGGAGGAGAAGCGGGGCGUCGACGUCAUCUUCCCUCCUGAUGGAGAGGACCGCAGCGACAUCUUGCUCGUUUCCGCCAGUGCCUCUUCUCCUGCUGCGGCCGCCGAGGCGCUUGGUGCUGCUCGGGAGGAGAUCCUUGGCCUGGCCAAGGACGCGGCAGAUAUCAAGGUCGAGACGAUCUCGAUACCAGCUUCGCUCCACGGUGCUGUUAUCGGCAAGGACGGCACGACUCUGAAUGCCGUCAUCGGUGAGGACAAGCUCGUCAACGUUCGCUUCGGAUCCACUGGACCCAAGGACGCUAGCAAGACGAAUGGCUCAAGUCAGAAGGAGGAGAACGCGGUCGUCAUCCGCGGGCCCUCUGAAGAGGUCAAGCGUGUCAAGAACGAGCUCGAGCGCAUCGCCGAAGACGCCCGAAACCAGGAGAUCGUGAACUCUCAUGUGCGUUCAGUUUGAUAGUAGGCCCUGAACUUUAAAGACUGACCGACUUACUGGCAAUCAACCCCUCGAUCACAGAUCGUAGAAUUCGAGAUGGACACUGUUCACGUACGACACAUCGUUGGGAAAGCCGGAGCCGGAGUCAACAAGUUGCGGGAAGAACUCGGCAUUCGCGUCGACAUUGAGGAGCUUGGUGGCGCCGGCGCUGCCGCUACUUCCUCAGCUGCUCCCAAGAAGAAAACUGCAACCGGCUCAUCGGCCCGCAGCAAGAUCACGAUCAAGGGUCGAAAGGAAAAUGCGGAGGAGGCCAAGCGGCGUAUCCAAUCGUUGGUGACCAAGAUCGCCGACGAGGUCACGCUGAUGUUGACGAUCCCGUCCUCCCUCGACCGCGGCUCGUUAAUUGGCAAGCAAGGUGCCUACCUCAAGCGGCUUGAGGACAAGUACGAAGUCCGCAUCAACUUCCCCCGCAACAACCGAGGCGACGAGGAGGAUGCGUCAUCGGGCAAAUCGAACGAAGUCACCGUUCGCGGCCCUAAGAAGGGAGCUGACGCUGCCAAGGGCGAGCUCGUCGCUCUCAUUGCGUACGAGCAGGAGAACGGAAAUGUCGUCACCUUCACCGUAUCAACCAAGUCCCUUCCCCGUAUUCUCGGCAAGGCCGGAGCCUCGGUCAACCAAAUCAGGGAUGACACCGGCGUUCAAUCGAUCGACGUCGACCAGCAAGGCGACGAUGCGCCGACGGCCACGAUCUCCCUCCGAGGUACCGAGGCGGCGACUAAAGCGGCCCAGGCGGCGAUCAUGGCCAUCGCCAAAGAGGUUGACGAUGAGGCCCGAUUCACCCUCGAGAUCCCUCGCGCUUUCCACACGACCUUGAUUGGUUCCGGAGGGUCGAGCAUUCGUGAACUCAUCGCCAGGGCCGGAGGCCCAACCGACGCCCGUGCAUCGGGCAACACCGUCCGAUUCCCCCGUCAAGGCGAAGCCGACGACAAGGUCACCAUCACCGCUCCCAGAGCGGUGGCGGAAAAGAUCCGCGCUUCCUUGGAGAAGGAAGUGGCCAACUUGAAGUCGCGUGUCGUCUGGGGUGUCGCCGUGCCGCAAUCGGCGCAUGCAUCUAUCAUCGGAAAGGGCGCGUCUGCUCUGCAGGAGUUCCAGCGCAAGCAUGGCGUAAAGGUCGUCAUGCCCGGAUGGAAGGACUAUGCCGAGACCGGAGAAAUUGAGAACGCCGCCGACGUCGCCGAUGCGGCCCAGAACGAUACCGUCAAGAUUGUUGGACCCAAGGAAGCUGCUGUCGCCGCCGCUGCCGAGCUUUCCAAGUUGCGACCAAGCGCCAGUUCGGCCGCGGUCAAGCUGACCAUUUCCGUGCCCAAGCGCCACCACGCCCAGAUCGCCCAAGGUGGUCGUUUCUUCCGGUCGUUGCCGUCGGGUACUCGCGUCACCCAUGAUGGAGUUAAGCCUCCCUCGUCGAGUGGCAAGAGCAAGAAGCUCCCCACCCCUACAGGCAACAACGCCGCCGCAUCCGCUCGUAUCGACGAUGACGAGGGUACGGCCGAAGCGGCUGUGCAAUUCGAGCUCCUCUCGCUUCACGACGAAGAGGAAUCGGACGACAAGAGCGAGAUCCCGUGGGUCAUCGAGUCGUCGUCGCAGGAGAACGCUGACAAGGUCGCGGCUGAGAUCCGCAAGCUGCUCGACCAGUCCGACAAGGCCACACAUGUCGGCUGGGUCACCGUUCCUCGCGGCAGCAGUGAGUUCUCCGUCUCUUACUGUGAAUACAGUCCAGAUCCUGAUGUCUGAGCUGACGUUUGCUUCCCCACAGUGCCUCGCAUCGUUGGCCGAGGCGGAUCAGGACUCGAUCAAUUGCGCGCGUUCGGCGUCGAGAUCGAAGUCGUCGGCAAGCGCGAUGCCAACCGUAAGCCCCCCCCCGGCCCCUAUCCGCCCUUCCGUUCAAAGCUCAUCGGUAUAACUUUACUCGUACUCCAGAACUCACUCUUGUGGGUACGCCCGCGACGAUCGAGCAAGCUCACCAACGCAUCGUCGAACUUGCCGCACCUCGUCCGCCACGGCAAUACCGCAACCGCGAGGAUGACUAUUAA